AUGGAGACCGAAGCAGCCAGGCCGGCGCACAGGUCAAUGGCGGAUGUCGAACAGCUCAUCAAGCAACUCUACGGCCCUGGCUCGAAGCAAGACUACACGAAGCUCAACGAUGACUUGAUUCAGCUGCAACUCUCGCCAGGUGGCUGGAACCUCGCCGACCAGCUCAUGAACAGCGACGAUGCCAACGUCCGCUUCUACGCCGCGCUCACGUUCAUAGUCAAACUCAACAAUGAUGGACCAAAUCUCGACGAGAACACGGCCCUGUCAAUACGCUCGAGGUUGAUAUACUGGCUUGUCCGACUGUCCCAAGAACCGGGCAAGGGACAAUUCGUGACCAGGAAGCUUUGUGCAGCCUUGGUCACAUACUUCAUACGAUCACCCCUCCCAUGGCCCCGACCUGUGGUGCAGCUGGCAAUUGCGCUGGAUACUCAACAAAGCGAUGUUCCGGAUUCUGCACUACAAAGUGUACCAUCCAUCCCUCGGUUGUUCUGGUCUAUGCCUCAACAACAGCUUGAGGUACUGCUUUGCUUCGCAGAAACCCUCGCCGAAGAGGUCAGCAAGCUGUCUGUGACACAGCAAGCAUUUGCCAGACAGCAUGCAGAAAUGGCAGUCAGCUUGAACGAUGUCGGUGAACUGCUCCAAUGGUCGCUCGGUCCAACAGUCGGGUUUGCCGCGAAGUCGAACGCCCUUCCGGCAUACGCAGCCUGGGCCAAUUACUCCCAGGACGCAAGGUUCAACGUUGAGGCUCUCCAGCCUCUGCGGGCCUUGCUCGAGCAGGUGUCUAAUUGUUUGUUGGACCAGAGUCUUGCUACCGAGGCAUUAGCUAUCCUAAGGGAUCGGCUCGAUUGCUACGCAGACUUCUUCCAGCCACAGCACAUGCAGCAUCUGGCCAGGAUUAUUGCACAGCAUAUAACGCCGCAGUUACAGCGAGCCAUCAGUGAAGAAGACACCGACAGCGUGGCCCUCGUGCAGUUCAUUGUGGCUUUUGGAUGUGCGAAUAUUCAGAAGGUCAUCGAAGACCCUGACAACGAGCUCGAGUCAAGAUCGAUCAUCAAGAUACUCACAGACAUCCUUACGCUGGAAGGCUUUCCUGGUGAUGCUGACUCGCUAUCGGUCCACACAAUUGAGUUCUGGAACACGUACAUUGAAUACAUCAACGACACUGUUUACUCACUGGGCUCGAAUGAUGAACAGCCCGCCUGGAUCGCGCCUGCGAAAUCCGUCUUGACGCAGACCGUCGGCCUACUCUGGAACAAGCUCUGGAUCCCGUCAGCCGGUGUCUCGAAGGGGUGGGGUGAUGCAGAGCACGACGCUUUCAAGGACUUCCGGCUUGACACGACAGACCUUAUGCUCUCCAUAUUCGCCUUUCUCGGCCAGGAUAUGCUUGAACAGUUAGUGUCCUUCACACUGCAGUCGCUCGAAAUGAAAAGAUGGCGCGGCGUCGAAGCUGCACUGUUCUCGCUGAACACUCUUUCGGACAAUGUGCUUGAGGACGGGACAACAGAGCAGGCAGUUGAAGCAUUAUUUCGGUCGGAUCUGUUCGUGCAGGUGGCUGACUUCAGCCAAACCAUAUCCACACAAACUCGACGAACUGCUAUUGAUACGCUGGGUUCAUAUGGCCAGUACAUUGAGCGUCAUCCGGAGUUCCUCCCUAACACUGUCAGGUUCCUGUUCGCUUCCCUGGAGAUGGCAGGUCUGGCAAACGCUGCGGCCAAAAGCAUUGACUCACUCUGCUCUACUUGCCGCGCGAACCUCACCCAUGAGAUACCUGGAUUCCUAGCGCAGUAUGAGAGAUUCCUCGGUGCAGACACCAAUGAUCCAUACACGAAGCAGAAGGUCAUCGGGGGUAUUGCUGCCAUCAUCCAAGCAUUGAGUCCCGAGAGCGCAAAAGCCGAGCCACUUCUUGCCCUGCUUUCUAACAUUGAGCGGGAUGUUGAAAUGGCCAAGCAUUACGCCUCGACUGGAGACACAGAGAUGACAGAGCUCAUUGGAGUUACGGCGCUGCAGUCUCUUACGGCCGUCGGGAAAGGCUUGCAAGUCCCUGACGACAUUCCGAUCAACAUCUACGACGAUGACGAGCGACCGACCUACCAGGACAGUUUCUGGGUCAGCGAAGAUGGCCACAGAGUGCAGCAGCGCAUCAUUGGCUGUUUCUCCGUCCUUUCGGUCGUUGGACAAUACGGUGAGGCCGUCGAUGCAGCCUGCCAGGUUCUACGCAGUGGUUUGGCUGAAACCCAGCCUGGUCCAUUCGUGCUGCCUCCGUCGGUCACGAUCAACUUCCUGCAGCAAUGUUCCGUUACCACACCACAGCUCGAGUCUGUUCUCAGCACAGCAAGUAUGUUGGUUACGGGCUCCUCAAAGGGAGGCCAUAGACUCGCCGAUGAGGAUGCCACAGCGCUAUACGCAUCAGUGGCAAGCUUCGCGAUAACACUGGGACGCCCAAGCAACGAUCCAGCAGUGGCCUCCUCGUGCAUUGAGUUCAUGACUCGCUUAAUGCCAUCAUACACCCACAUCCUACUCGGACAUAUCACAGAAGCACUUCUCGACUUCACAUUGACCGCCAUCGGCAGCAGCGAGCCCUUCCCCAAGCGCUCCGCCUGCGAGUUCUGGAACAAACUCUUCAAAACACAAAACGAUGCAAUUUCAGCAGAUACCAAAGACCGCAUCCGACAAGUGAUCGACACAUUCGGACCGCGAUUCGUCUUUUCCCUCGUUCAGCAGAUCGGCGGCCGAGCUAACCGCUCUGACCUCGAUACUCUCUGCGAACCGCUCAAGACGCUCCUCCUGCACCACAAACAUACGCAGAAGUGGCUGCAGUAUGCGCUCGAAGCUGAAGGGUUCCCUAGCGAGCACGUGGGCAUGGGGGAACGGGAAAAGUUCCUACGCUCGUUGUCCACGGGCGUGAGGAGUGACGGUAGAUUGCUCAAGACCAUCGUGAAGGCCUUUUGGGCGGAGUGUCGCGUGAUUGACGCGACGAGAUUGAUGAGGCCGGCGGUAUUGUUUGGGCCCAGUGUCAAGAUCCCGCCUACCGCUCGCGUUGCUUCCAAGGUGCUGGACCAGGGCAAGCGCCUCAAUACCGAAGGAUCGUUCAGCAACACCCCACUCGGGCCCAUCGUCCGGAAGAGGCACGCCGAAGAGGAUGAUCACGAUCGGGUCUGGAAGAGACGCGCCGAUGAGGAUGAUCACGAUCUGAUCCACAGGACUCGGCUUGGCCGCCCGCCCUGCAGCCUCCCGGUAUCUGAAGAAUCUGGAGACUUGAUCGAGUUAAUGUAUCCGUCUUCGAAAACGAAGCAGAAGGACGAGGCGUUCCAGGAGACAUUUUCCGAUGACAGUGAUGGAUAG